AUUCGAAUCAUCUAAAUUGAAUGGGGUUGAAACAUUAAAUCGCUAGAUAGUCAAAAUAUUUUAAAUACGGUAGAAAAAGAUCUCUAUAAGUAGAAAAUAUCACAGAAACUUUGAAGGUUGGUGAAAACACCUCUUCGUAAUAAGACUCAUCCAAGAUAGUUUAAUUAGUGCAUUUUGAUGGAUGAAAUUAUCCAAAAUAAUAAAUGACAAAUUUACUUUUAUUAUAGUAAAUAUUUAAGUUUAAGUUUAGACAAAUAAAUAAUUAUGAUAUUUGUUCAAAAAGUUGCAAAAUCACUCUUUUUGCUAAAAUCGUAAAAACUACAAUUUUCAUCAAAAUAACAAAACUACAAUUGUCUUUCGUGACAAAAAAAAGAAGCAAAACUACAACUCUACAAUUGUCAUAUGUCGUUUAACUAAGAGAGAAUUAGUGAAAUAUACACGAUAAUGAGUGAAAUUAUGGAAAUUCACAUGAUAUGGCUUCGAAAAUCCAAUUUUAACCUUACCACUUGGACACAUGCAUAGAUAGAAGAUUGAGAAAGAUAUUGAAAGUUACUAUGGAGUAAGCUUGCUGUUCAUUGUAGCUAGGCACUUAGAGCAGGAUUAGGAUUUAAAAAAAAAUAAUUAACAUAAGGAACGUCUCCUAAGUAGGAGUUAAAAGAACGUGUCUUAGAGGACACGUGUUGUAAUUGUGUCGCUCCCAUGACAAAAAAAACCGGUGAAGAGUCUUCUGUUUCUCUAUCUCUCCCUCUCUGUGUUGCUCCCGAUGAAGAAAAUAGCUUGCAGCCGACUGGAAUUGAAAUGAUGUGGAAUAUUCUCAAUUUUGAAUUUGUGAAGAGAGAGUUAAGAGGCAUCGAGGAACAGAGAAAGAUGAUGAGAAGAGAAGCAGGAGAAGUGAGAAGAAGAAGGAAAAGAAAUCUCACAAGCACCACCGAUCAAGUACAUCGAAGAAGUCGAAGGAUGAUAAGCACAAAAAGAAAGACGCAGAAGGUGUUGAGAUUGUAAUUGCUACACCUGGUCGUUUGAUUGAUAUGUUGGAGUGCCAACACACUAAAUUGAAGAGGGUGACUUACCUUGCGUUGGAUGAGGCUGACAGAAUGUUAGACAUGGGAUUUGAACCACAAAUCAUAAAGAUUGUAUCUCAGGUUUGCUUUUACUUCCUCCAAAGCUAUCACAUAUAGCUUUUAUACCUGAGCAUUUGUAUUCUGCUACUAAAAACCUUAUGAUCUCAUUAGACAUUGUCAUUUAUAAUUUUUUUUUAAAAAACCCUUAAUCGAGUU